AUGUCUGCUUCAAACGAUAAUACCUCUGCUCCACAAAUGACUGACGUGAUUCCAAUCACCAACUCUCAUCUCUUUAAUGUCAACAUGACUAAUGUCACCAAACUGACCGACACCAACUUUUUAAUGUGGAAGUUGCAGGUCCGAUCUCUUGUCGCUGGUUAUGGUCUUAUUGGCCAUCUUGAUGGUUCCAUGGCCAAACCUCCUUUGAUGGUCACCACCAAUGGUGUUGAUGCUCCAAAUCCAGCCUUUUCCCUGUGGCAAAGACAAGAUCAGUUACUCUACAGUGCCUUACUUGGCUCGGUCUCUCUUGGAGUUCAAACCACUCUCUCUCAAACCACCACCGCUGCUGAGAUCUGGACCACUCUUGCCGAGAUCUAUGCCAAACCAAGUCGUGGUCAUGUUCGUCAGUUAAAGAAUCAGCUUAAGGUUGCCACCAAAGGUAACAAUACUAUUGAUGAAUAUGUUUGCAGCCUCACCACCAAGUUUGAUACGCUUGCACUCUUGGAAGCCCCGGUUCUCCAUGAUGACAAGAUUGAACAGAUUCUUGAUGGUUUGCCAGAAGAAUACCGUCCCAUUGUUGAUCAGGUUGCCAGCCGAGAUGUCUCACCCUCCAUUGCGUAUGUCCAUGAGCGUCUCCUCAAUCAUGAAGCCAAACUUCUCGCCAAAGCAGCUUCUCCUACCCUUCCAAUCACAGCCAAUGUUGCUACUCAACGCAACAAUCACUCCCCUCGCUUCAACAACACUGCACGCAACAAUAACAAGGUCAGCAACAAUAAUACUUCUUCUUCGACGUGGCAGCCUAAUCACAACAAUACACACAGACGUAACUUUCGUCCCUACCUUGGCAAGUGUCAAUUUUGUAAUGUUCAAGGUCAUUCAGCAAAGAGGUGUCCUCAACUCCAAAAUUGCAACAAUGGUUAUAUCUCGUCAUCUACCAGUCCGUUCACGCCAUGGCAGCAUCAUACAGAUAUGACAACAUCAUAA